AUGCAAGAUCCAACGGCUCACGACGUGCUAAGGGAGUCCCGCCCCGCCAUCAAAAAAAUUAUAGAACACCUCUCUUGUUUUAACUGCUAUUCGCCACCUUCGGGGAAAUCAAUCGAUGAACUCGAUGAAUAUGCGGCAGUAUGUACCGGCAUUGCCAAAUUUCAGGGCCUUAUGGACGCCCCGGAAACCGGUAUCUUCGACGCAGCUACCGCAAAACACUUAAAGCAACCACACUGCCACAACCACAAAAGUCACGAAGAAAACAUCUUCGCCGAUGACUGGUAUAAGAACAGCAGCCUUACCUACUGCUUCGAACAAUAUCCCGACAAUUACUUAACCGUCGUCGAGGUUAGAAAUGCUUUUGAAAAGGCGUUUAAAGAAUGGGGUGGUCAUCUUACGCCUCCUCUGCGAUUUGAGGAAAAGCCACCUCAUAAGGAUGUCGAUAUACGAAUCGGAUGGCGGUACGAUUUUGGGAAGUUGUCACUGGUUGGAAAUGAGAACGCGAACGACGACGCUGCAACGGAAUGUACAGACUACGACCCGGUCGCUCCCCAAAAGGUCCAAGAAACCGUGAAAUGGAAAGAUGAAUGGGUAGCCGUUUCAUACUCACCACAGUCGAAGGAAAAGCUACAUGCGGAUAUAAAGAUAUACUUCAACGAAUGGGCGGAUGGUGGUCCGGCGGAGGAUGGUCAGCAAUUCGCAUCUCGUAUCUUCCCACAGAUUGUGCUUCAUCAAAUAGGGCACAUACUUGGGCUCGGUCACUCGAUUGGUAAAGAUUCGGCUAUGUGGCCGGUGUAUAAGAAUUCAGAGUUACACAAAAAUGAUAUCUAUGAGAUAAGGAAGAGGUAUGGAGGACAACUUCGUAUCGGCCGUCAAAUGGAUCUAGAAUGGAGAGUAAUUCUGAAGCACGAAGAGGGAUUAUCAUACACACAAGAAAUUUUCGCUAUCCCUGGAAAUCAUCUUUAUAGACUUACUCGCGGGGUCAUUUGGGAACAUGACCCUUCUUUGGGGUGGGAAGUAGUCAGUGGGCAGUAUUACGCAGUGGAGUUCGACGCUAGUUCUCAAUACCUGUACCUUCUGAACAUUGAUGGGAAGAUCCUGAGACGAGCUAGAGAGAGCAAAAUUUGGGAAGAGAUUGAUGGCGAAUCUAAAUCUAUGAAUUGGAUAACUAUUAGAGCUGCGCGUGAUGGGAAAGAGCUAUACAAGUUAGAAUCUAACGAUGGAUUAGUUUCAUCGUUUAGUAACGAACCAGGUUGUCAAUGGAAGCUACUGGAUGCGAACUCCGCUCAAACCACACAAGAUAUCAUUACGACUGCCUCGCAAGUUUUCAUUAUCCACAACGAUAGGGGGGUUUAUGUCUCCGAGGGUGCGUAUCGACAAUGCCACCUCAUCCACGGUCAUGGUGAAGAGGACAGCUAUGAUGCUAACAGUUUUGAAUUUGUUGGUUCUGGGGACCGGCUUUACCAACUCAAUAUAUCGGGGCAGGUCCUCGAAUGGGAUGGUAUGCGCACCAACGACCCAGAAAGCCUCAAAAACUGGGUAAAUAUAGGUGAAUUAGGUGGGCUCAGAUCCAUUGACAAAAUUGCAGCCGCAGGAACGUAUUUGUACGCCUACAGUAGCGAACAAAAGAUGGUUUGGUUUACUGACCGGAAAAAUAAAAUUCUUGGAAGUCCAGCGGAGUGGGUAGGAAAACCCAUACCAAGUCAUAUUAGCCUUGGCUACAUUGUGCGAUUGGUAGCUAGUGAACAUAACGUCUACUUCUUGGAAUCUACAGGUGCAAUCCAUAGCUAUUCGUUUCAGACCUCUAGAUCUGGAGGGAAAUUCUGUUAG